UCCUUCCAACCCCCUCCAUGGGUUCGGAGGAUCCUCACUCCUCUCUCUAUAUAUAAGGAUGCAAGAUAGCCUUUUGUUUUCAGGUCCUUUCAGUACACCCGUAUAUAGCCCAAGCGUCCUCCUCUAUUUCCAAAGGAAACACAAUUAAUUGGUCAGCCAAGAUGGUGAAGCAAAAAAUAGUUAUGAAGGUCACGAUGGAGGACUCGAGGAAGCGCUCGAAAGCCCUCAGGAGUGCUGUUGGAUCGCCUGGUGUAAUAUCUGCAUCGGUAGACGGGGACAAGAUCGUAGUGGAGGGCGAUGGAAUCGACCCAGUUGCACUUACAGCAACGCUUAGGAAACGAAUGGGCUAUGUCGAGCUGGUUAGCGUUGCAGCGAAGGACGAGAAGAAGGAAGAGAAGGAGACCAAGCCAGUGGUCUGGCCGUAUCACAUCCAAGUGGCGCCACCCUACACAGCCUACGGAUAUCACCAGCCCAACUACGAGCCUUCUUGCAACACCAUGUAGGACGUGCCAACGGGGCAGCACAGAGGGAUUGGACGCGUCCGGAUUUCGAGAAUAUUCUAGUAUCUUAGAUUUCAGACCAUCGUAGAGAUAUUGAUGGAUCCCCUAUUAAAUAUUAUUAAAGGAAAGAGAAGGUACAGAAGAGAGUAUGACGAAAAAAAAAAAAGAAAAAAAAGAAACAAGGAUGAAAAGAGAUGACAUGAGGGAAAAAAAAUAAAAGGAAGCGCUCAGGUGAUUACAGGAGAAGAAAUUGUGGGAGCAACCAAGCCCAGAUGGCGCGAAUACCAGUGCCAGGUCAUCCGUCACUCGGGUCUACAGUCGCCACAGGAGGAUGUUUCAGCCAGCUGAAUUUUAUUUUUGGGAGUGAUUUUAUAUUAUUUGGGCUAAUUAGAAUAUUUUGUUAUUUGACUGUCUUUAAGGGUUAUUUUGGUAUUUCGUUAUUUUGAGGGUCUUAUGUGAGACUAGUUUUUUUUUUUAAUUUGUUUGCAUAUUGUCAUUUUAGGACCUUUAUGGGAUUGUUUUCUUUGUAGGGGUCUUUUUAUUAUUUCUUGACCAUAUAUAUAUAUAUAUGAGUCCAUGAUUGAAUGAAAUAGCCUCCUUUUCUCUGAAA